GCCGCCGCGAGCCCGCGACACUAGUAACGGUCUACACCACUAGAAUGACUGAAGAAUUGAAUUCCAGCAAAUUCAAGCUUUUGUUUUAGCCAAGAUUUGAGAUUCGAUUUGAAGUGUGGAAGUCCUUACAAUUUGCCAAUCCUAUAUUUGAUCUCUGCUGUGCUGCGUUAAAUCCCUAAACUUCACAGCGCGGCGCCGGCCCAGCCACGCCGGAAGAAGUCGCCGCGUGAGGUCAGUGUCCCCGUUGCUGCCGCCUCUAACCCGAAGCCUAGGCCGCUGCCGGUGCAUAACAAGGAGAAUCAGGCGGAGGGGAAAGUAGCAGAGGAGGGGGCAGCAACUGAGGAGGGGGAGAAGUACCGGGCGGAACCGGAAAUCUUGCCGCUGCCGCCGGCCAUGGCGAAGCUGGGCCCGGGGCAGGGGCUCGGGUGCGAGGCGGCGGAGGGGUCGCUCGUGCCCAGCCGGAAGCGGGAGUACAAGCCCUGCGGCAAGCACACUGAGGGGAAGCGCCCGCUAUAUGCUAUCGGGUUCAACUUCAUGGACGCGCGCUACUACGACGUCUUCGCCACCGUCGGCGGCAACCGCGUGACAACUUACCGCUGCCUUGAGAAUGGUAGUUUCGCUCUUCUACAAGCUUACGUUGAUGAGGAUAAGGAUGAGUCGUUCUAUACUCUAAGCUGGGCUCGUGACCAUGUUGAUGGCUCACCACUGCUGGUGGCAGCAGGAAGCAAUGGGAUCAUUCGGGUCAUCAAUUGUGCUACAGAAAAGUUAGCUAAGAGCUUUGUUGGCCAUGGCGACUCAAUAAAUGAGAUAAGAACUCAACCGUUGAAGCCUUCGCUCAUCAUUUCUGCAAGCAAGGAUGAAUCUGUUAGGCUAUGGAAUGUCCAUACAGGGAUCUGUAUCUUGAUAUUUGCUGGAGCUGGAGGUCAUCGCAAUGAAGUAUUGAGUGUUGACUUCCAUCCUAGUGAUAUUGAACGUUUUGCAAGUUGUGGCAUGGACAACACUGUGAAAAUCUGGUCAAUGAAAGAAUUUUGGCUAUAUGUUGACAAAUCAUAUUCAUGGACUGACCUUCCAUCAAAGUUUCCAACAAAAUAUGUCCAGUUUCCAGUCUUGAUUGCUGCAGUACACUCUAACUAUGUUGAUUGUACAAGAUGGCUUGGUGACUUCAUCCUAUCAAAGAGUGUUGACAAUGAAAUUGUGCUUUGGGAACCGAAGACAAAAGAACAGAGUCCUGGGGAGGGAAGCAUCGAUAUCCUUCAGAAGUAUCCUGUCCCAGAAUGUGACAUUUGGUUUAUCAAAUUUUCAUGUGAUUUUCACUUCAAUCAGUUGGCGAUAGGCAACCGUGAAGGCAAAAUCUACGUGUGGGAAGUACAGUCCAGCCCUCCUGUCCUCAUUGCUCGGCUGUAUAAUCAGCAGUGUAAAUCGCCGAUAAGACAAACUGCAGUGUCCUUCGAUGGAAGCACAAUCCUUGGAGCUGGUGAAGACGGCACCAUCUGGCGGUGGGAUGAAGUGGACCAUCCGAGCUCCAGAAACUGAAGAAGUGUUGCCGCUCAAUGCUGGACUGAUGGUUACGCUCGGUUGGGGUUGCGAUGGUUGAAUCCGUUGGUGGAAAGUGCCACCUGGUGUUUUUUCUAGUCAAAAUGGUUGGUGUUAACAGAAUAUUGAAUGCUUCGAAUGUUGAAAGUUGGGA